AUCACUCCGCCUUCGUCCAUUUCUUGGUAGAACCCGUCCAUUGUUGCAGACCCUCUAGGAGCUAUUGGUACGAAAGUAAAGAUGAUGGACUUAGGUAGCCAUGGAAACAAUGCCAACGUAACACUGGUCAAACUAAAUCUGGAGGGAUUUGAUGAUGAGGCAUCAAAGGAGGGAAUAGCUGUUGAGCCCUCGUUUACCUCUGCAGAUAACAGUCUGGUUUUACCACCCACUAUGUCAGAUCUCCCCACAGUGGGACUUCAACAGACCCCAGAAGUGGAUGGUGCAACAACCACAGAGAAGAAGAAAGGGGGCUGGCCAAAAGGGAAGAAGAGGAAGAAGAUGAGGGAUUCUAACGCUCCGAAGCCAGCACUGAAUGGCUACUUACACUUCUUAAAUGAACGGCGAGAAAUCUUACGACGAGAGAAUCCCACCAUGGCCUUCGCUGAAAUGAUUCGAGUUCUAGGGGCAGAGUGGACAAAGUUACCGCAGCAUGAGAAACAGAGAUUCCUAGAUGAGGCAGAGAAGGACAAGGAGCGCUAUAAUCGUGAGAUGGAGGCUUAUCAGAAAACAGAGGCCUACAAACUGUUCAAAUCCCAGAAAGAAAAGAAAAUGAGAGAAAUGGAAGCCCAAGGCAGUUCAUUAGAGUUAAUGGGAGAAAGGGAUGAAGAUGACAAGGGGGCUUUUGAUAUCCCUAUCUUCACUGAGGAAUUUCUAGACCACAAUAAAGUGAGAGAAGGAGAAUUGAGGCAGAUGAGGAAACAGACCACAGAGUUGGAGGAACAGAACGCUAUCCUGAGUAAACACAUAGAGAGCAUGAAACACGCCAUAGAGAAACUGGAGAUAGAGGCGGUACAACAACGGAGUACCAACAUGGCUCUACAGGGUCACCUUGAUACCCUGAGGGUGACCCUCACUAACAGCUUCAGUACUGUACCAUUACCAGGAACAAAUGAAUGUCCUACACUAGACACAAUAGAUAACUACAUGGCAAAACUACACAACCUGAUCCUGGACUCUCCACAGGAACAUGAAGGACUGAUAUCCAUGGUGAGGGAUGUCAUAGGGAGGCUAAAUAUAGAUGGAGACAAGAUUUGAUGUUAAGGUACACAACCUUAAGUAAGAUGUUCACAGGGCAUGCAGAGACUAGUGAAACACAUUGACCAAAGACUAUUCUGAUGUUGAAGUAAAAAAUUGUGAUCAGUUAUACCAACACAAACAAAACAUUGGAAACAUCAUAAUUUUGUGUUGGUCUGUCCAAAGAAAUCUUUGCUAAGAUCCAUAGUUGUUUUCUAGAUGUAUAUGUUAAGACAGUUAUAGUAUGUGUAAGCAACAAUUGAUUGAUAAUAAAAUGAUAAUAUAUGAAGUUUAAUAUCAUGA